UGUCGACUUAAUUAGCACAGUUCACAAAGUUAAUUGAAAUACAUAUAUACAUAUUAUAUAUAUAUGACUAUUACCAAUAGCUAGUUGGCUACUCGGUCGACCUUCAGACUAGCCCAAAAAGCCAACAGCAAACGGGUUAAGCCAACAGACAAUCAUCGUAAGAGCUGCGACACACACAACAGCAUAAUCACAACAACAAAUAAAGCAAGGUAACAACAGUUAGACAACAUGGAGCUGAUGGAGCUCAUGGUGCGCACCUUGGGGCUGUUGUCUUUAAUGGGCGUGGCCAAGGGCGCCAUCAACCAGAGCAACACAGCGUCGCAACUCCAAUGGCAACUGCAGCAACAACAACUGCAGCAGCAACAGCAGCAACAACAACAACAACAGAAAUUAAAGUUUUCUAUCGAUUUCCCAUCAAUCGUCGACGAUUUCUAUGAGCCGCAUCUAACACGCACUUCGGUCAUCUUUGGCCUGACCAAAGUUGUCAAUGCCAGCCAGGUGAAUGCUCAGUGCAAGGCGCACUUGAGGCAGGUGCAACGGGGCAUACUCAGCAAGCAGCCAUGGGCUAUGAAAGUGCUCGACGCCUCCGGCACAAAGCCUUCGGGUUUUGUUUACGGCCAGAACUAUUGGCUGGGCAGCCGGGAGGCGUGCAAGGGUGUGCAGCGGCCGGUGGGCAUUACGUUGUCCAAGAACUUCGAUCGGGUGAUGCACCAGGGACUGAUCACGCAGCUGGCGCCCUUCGACAUGGACUAUCGAGUCCUCUAUUUGCGCCACAAUUCGCCUUGGCAGGUGGAGAUCAAGCUGAUGUCCGAGCAGAUCAUACACAUUGGCCUGUGCCUGCCCAGCUCGUGCUCCUCGAGCGAGGUGCAGCACCUGGCCGCCGAGUAUGUGGGCCGUGGAAUGUUUGCGGAGAGCGACAUCUACGACAUACGGCCGGAGGUGCUCUACAUGAAGGAUCUGCAGUUGAGCGAUUCGUUCUAUCAGCGGACCAGCUUUCGCCUGCUCGUCUCCUGUGUCCUAAUCACCGGCGCUCUGAUGCUCUGCGCCCAGCAGCUGCUGGCGGUGAAGAAGCUGCCUAGCUCUGGCGAGGAUCUGGGUCUGGCUCCUGCUGAAUCUGAGCUAUGGCGCGCCCUUCACUCCCUGCUGCGCCUGCAGAGGCUGCGACAGCUCGUGAGCUGCUACGAUGUGUCCGCCAACUGGAGCAGGAUAUUUGCCAUACGUGAGUCCACACCGCAGGAGAUACCCAUCAUGAAUGGCUUGCGCUCUGUGUGCGCCAUCUGGAUCAUGAUCUUCCAUGUGGUGUGGUUCAUGUACUUCACGGUGCACAACAAGAUCGUGCUCAUCUCCUAUGCGGAACAGGCAUUCUUCCAGUACGUCUCCUCGGCUCCACUGCUGGUGGAUGUCUUCUUUACCAUCAGUGGCUUUCUGCAAACCUAUAAUUUUCUGCGCAACUCCGCGCAGCUGGAGGCAGUGCGUCAGAAUGGCUGGCAGCAAAACCUGAAGCUCUUUGGCAAGCUGCUCUUCCACAGAUACCUACGCCUGGGUCCACUCUACCUGGUGGUCAUGGCCUUGGUGGAUCUCGUUUACGCCUACAUUGGCGACACCUCGGUCUAUCACAUCAACGAGCGCUUCGACGAGAUGUGCUCCAGCCACUGGUGGCGCAAUCUGCUCUUCAUCCAGAAUCUCUUCGAUCAUCGCGAUAUGUGCGCCAAUUGGAGCUGGUCGCUGGCCUGCGAGAUGCAGUUCUUCGUCUUGGCCAAUGUGUUGCUCUUUCUGUAUGCCAAGCAUCCCAGGCUUACCAAGACCCUGGUCGCUACGGCGCUUCUGUCCACCAUAGCCUGGACUUAUGGCAUUGGUGUGCGCAUCAAGUUUCAGUUGUCGUUCGAUGCUGCCUUUGCCACGGGCACAGAGAUCUACACAUCUCCCUUUGUGCGGGUGCUGCCCUAUAUAUUGGGUGCCAUCACAGCCUGGUCGCUGCUGGAGCUGCGUCCACAGCUGAUGAUGGGCGAACUGCGUGAGCGUUGUUCCUGGCACCUGGCGCUGCUCGUCUUCUUCGCCUGCAUCUAUUCCACAAUUCGCAGGGAUUUGGGUCCACUGUUGGCCAUAUCGCUGUUCGUGCUGGGUCGGCUCUCCUUCUCGCUGAGCGUUUGCUGGAUGAUUGUAGGCAGCGCUCAGGGCAGAGGCGUCUGGUGGUCGCGCCUGCUGGAGGCCAAAGGCUUUCAGCAUCUCAGUCGUCUCUCCUAUGCCAUCUAUCUGCUCAAUCCUCUAGUGAUUGCCUUUUUCUAUAGCUUAACAAAUGCUAGCACCCAUGCAGAUCCCUUUAUGCUGUGCGUUGUUACCUGUGGCUUUGCUGUCAUCGUUUAUUUGACCUCCAUACUCUUUUCGUUGGCCUUCGAGUUGCCGUACAGCAAUUUGUCCAGCAUUUUGCUGAGGCGCAGUCAAAAAUGCCUGAAAGAUGCCUAAUUAUAAAAAUUUUUUUUUAUAUAUGCAUAUGUAUAUAUUGACCGCCUACAUAUUUCAAUUGUGAUCGCUUCCAUGUACA